UUUUUUUAUUGUUGUUUAUACACAUAAUAAAAUAUAUUAAAUAUGGCACAAAUAUAUAAAGCAACAUAUUCAGGUGUGCCUGUGUAUGAAUUUAUGUGUAAGAAUGUGGCAGUCAUGAAAAGAAGAUCUGAUUCUUAUUUAAAUGCUACACAGAUCUUAAAGGUAGCUGAAUUCGAUAAACCUCAAAGAACUCGAAUCUUGGAAAGAGAAGUGCAAACAGGUGAACAUGAAAAAGUACAAGGUGGUUAUGGCAAAUAUCAAGGUACUUGGGUUCCUUUUGAAAGAGGAGUCGCAUUAGCUGAACAUUAUAAAGUGGAUAGUUUAUUACGACCUAUUUUCGAUUUUGUGAAAGGUGAUCAAAGUCCUCCAUUAGCUCCUAAGCAUUCAACACUAGCUUCUACACGGCCUAGAAAACCACGAUCUACAACACCCAAGAGGAAAAAGCUCCUUACUAAACAUUUAACAACUAACGAGAGCCUCUUAUUAGAUUCUAAUCUUCACUUUAAUCAUGAGUUGGAUAACACACCAUUCAAUCUUAUUGCAAAUGAUCGAUCAUUUAAUGAAUCAGGAGAGAUGAAUAAUAUAAAUCAUUCAAGGAGGAAGCGAGCACGUCCUUUGAUUGAAGCAUUUAAUUUGGAAGAAGAGUUAUUAAUUGAUAAUCAAGAGAAUAAUGACACUCUUGAUAGACCAGAGCGUAGUUAUGCUCAACAGUUAUUACAAUAUUUUAUCUCAGAUGAUACAGGCAUUCCAGCCAUCUUACUACGGCCACCUAUGGAUUUAGAUGUCAAUGUGAUUAUUGAUGAUGAAGGACACACAAGUCUUCAUUGGGCAGCUGCUAUGGGAAGGUUAAAACUUGUCAGUCUUUUAAUCAAUUUAGGUGCUGAUAUUUAUCGUGUCAAUUAUAAGGGACAAACAGCACUGAUGCGAUCUGUAUUAUUUACAAAUAAUUUUGAUGCAAAAUCAUUUAUUUAUUUAAUUGGCAUGUUGAAGAAAACGAUAUUUAACAUUGAUAAAAAGGAUCAAACAGUAUUUCAUCAUGUAGCAGCGACAGCUAGUUGGAAGGGGAAAGUUCAUGCUUCAAGAUAUUAUAUGGAAUGUUUAAUAGAGACCUUGAGUAGUGAUCACACUGAAUUAGUAUCCAUCUUAAAUGUGCAAGAUGUUUAUGGUGAUACAGCAUUAUCAAUUGCUGCAAAAAUUGGAAAUAAAAAAUUAGUUAAAUUAUUGAUAGAUGCAGGAGCAAGUACAGAAAUUAUGAAUGAAGAAGGCAUGACAGCUAGAGAAUAUAUAAAUGAAAUAGAAAAGGGUAGCAGCAGCCAUAUCAAUCGAUAUUGCCCUAUUCAACUGAAUCGAUUCUCUUCUCAUCAUAUCGACACGAUAGGAAAUGAGACAAAUGUUAAUAAUAAUACUAUGCGUCAUAAUAAUAGACAUGAAUUGAUAACAAGGACGAAAUUACGGCAUAAAGUGGAAGGAUUAUUUAAAGAAAUUCUCAGUAAUAAUAAUAAUAAUAAUCUUGAUUCUCAAUACCAUCAACAUUCACCGCAUCUUUCUAUGGAAUCCCAGUUAUUUAAUAGUUUUACUGAAAAUUAUGAACGAGAAUUAAUUCAAAAGGAACUACUUAUAAAAGAAAAGAGACAAGAUUUAGAACUUGUCAAGAAACGUUUAGUCGGUACUCAACAUACAUUUGAACAGAUUCAAUAUGAUCCGUCCAAGUUAGAAGUCAUUGAACAAGGAUCUGAAAGACUUUCUAAGCUUUUAAAAAGACAAACAUUAAAGAUUCAAAAAGAAAGUAUUAAUAAUUUAAUAUCCGAAUUUAAAAAGGAAAAUCAAAAUCCUGAAUCAGAUCCUACAGUCUUAUUAGAAAGGUUAAAACAAUUACAAGAAAAUAGAAAGAGAAAUACAGAGCAACUAAUACAACUUAAAUUACGAACACCGAGUAAACGACAUCAAGAGUAUAAACGACUGAUAUCCAUGUGUUGUAAUGUAUCUUAUGAAAAUGUUGAUUUAAUGCUAUUACCUCUUUUAUUGUCUUUUGAUGAACUAGAAGCUUCUAACUCCUCCACACUCGCCACCGCAUCUGCCAUUCCUUCUCCUUUAUUAUUAUCUCCUCAAGUGCAAGCAGAAAUACCAUUAUCUAUAUCACAUCCUUCACCUUCUGUACCAUCCUCAUCCAAUAGUGUUCAUUCUUCAUCUAUAUAAAUAAAUUAUUUAAGGGUCCUUUUUUUUUUUUU